UAGGACGUGAGCGAAGCUCGAGAACAAGUUAUCAUCCUGCGGCGGUAUUAGAGGUAGGUGCAAUGAUGCUACAGAAUAUGUUCAGCGCCUUAUCCUUUUUGCACUAUCGCAAAGAUGACGAUUUCGUUGACCGCUUGUCUUACUUUUACACUCCGUCCUUCUUGAUCAUGAUGGCCAUCCUGGUCAGUUUCAAGCAAUUUGGUGGUCGACCUCUCGAAUGUUGGGUGCCUGCACAGUUUACAAGCUCAUGGGAAGCUUAUACAGAAAUGUAUUGCUGGGCUCAAAAUACAUAUUGGGUACCCAUCGAGCAGGAUAUCCCAAUGGAUAUAGCAGAGCGGGAAUAUCGACAAAUAUCCUAUUAUCAAUGGGUGCCAUUUUUUCUUCUUAUUCAAGCCUUUCUCUAUUACAUUCCAUGCCUCAUUUGGCGUCUAAUGAGCGACAAGUCUGGCAUUAGGUUGAACGAUAUUGUUCAGUUGGCAACAGAAAAAGAAAAUAUUGAACCAGACUAUAGAACACGAAUCAUCAAAUCUCUUGCACGUCAUAUCGAAUCUGCUCUCAGGUACCAGCAUGCAGCCACCUCACGAACUCAAUAUACAUUACAUAGAGUUUUAAAAUGCCUAAAUAUACGUUAUUAUGAAAGCUAUGUGACAGGCCUCUAUUUAGCUACGAAAGUGAUGUAUGUAAGCAAUAUAUUAACGAAUUUGAUAUUAGUGAAUAAAUUUUUGGAGACAGACGAAUAUUCUAUUUAUGGUCUCGGUGUACUGCGUGAUCUUUUGUUUGGCAGGUCCUGGAUGGAAUCUGGUAAUUUCCCACGAGUUACUUUAUGUGAUUUCGAAGUGCGCGUUCUUGGUAAUAAUCAGCGGCAUUCCGUACAGUGUGUCCUUGUUAUAAAUAUAUUCAACGAGAAAAUAUUCAUUUUAAUUUGGUUAUGGUUUUCGGUAUUAUUCGUUGCUGCCACGUUGGAUGCUCUCUACUGGUUCAGCAUUUCCUUAUUUCACAGAGAUCGUGUUCGUUUUGUUUUGCGUCAUCUUGAGCUGACAACCGAUCCUGAUCGACCUGAACUGUUUCGAAAGGAAAAGCGAAAUCAAGUGGAGCAUUUCCUGAAAACGUACCUCAAGGUAGAUGGUGUAUUAGUGUUGCGAAUGAUAGCGCUUCAUGCGGGUGUGAUGUUUUGCACUGAAAUCACGGAUGCACUCUGGAAACGCUAUCUGUCACAGAAUCCAGAAAAUCUAAUAGAUGAAGAUUCUUCACUUAUCAAUUUUGCUCGAACUCAAUCGAUCCACAGGAAACGGCAAAAUGAUGGUAAUAGUGGUGACAAACGGAAAAGAUAUCAACAUUUAUUUGCUCAUCAGCGAUUCUCCAAGCUCUUUUCACAGCGCACAGAAGCAUCUCUUCGGAAACACCAGUAAUCGGAAGUGAAUGUGUAACUCAUGAAGUAUCAAAC